AUGGCGGCCGUCAUCCUUGACGACGUUUUGCCCGCCUUCACUUAUGGAGGCGGAAGCUGGUCCACUACCAGGAGCUCGACGAGAUACGGAGGUAGCGCGACACUAUGUCCUAUUACUUCUCCCACUGGUGAGAUGAAGCCGCCGGGUACGAUUUCGUUGAUGUUUGAGGGUACCUCUGUGGCAUUCUUCGGAAUCACCCCUCCCGUGUUCACGGACUCCCAAAUUGUAACCGUAUCCAUCGACGGCGGUACGCCCUACAACUCGACCUACGACGACUCCAACCCCCAAUCUUACCGGCAGUGGUAUCAAUCUCCAAUACUCCCAGACGGGCAGCACAAUAUAUCUUUAACACACGUCGAAGGCACCGAGUUGGAUUUCGCGGUUGUUACUGUGCCGAAGGGAAGAGUCGCGUCGCUUGUGGACCAGCAGGUUAUCGUGGAUGAUACGGAUGGCGCGUUCACUUACAAAGGCGCUUGGAAGGUGAAUACGACGCAGUUCGCGGCGGGGACUAUUCCUGGGGGCUUGCCGUAUGGGAAUAGUACGCAUAGGACGACGACGGUUGGGGAUACGUUUACUUUUCAGUUUUCUGGCACCAGUGUCUCUGUCUACGGAGUAUGGAACUGGGGAAACCUCGAUGGGAACCUCUCAGCGACAUAUACCAUCGACGGGAGUUCUUCUUACUCCCAAUCGUACACCGCUUCAGCAUCACCAGCCUUGCAAAACGGUGACUUGCCCAAUUUCCUGCUGUUCAACAGCGGUACUUUGUCAAGUGGCAAUCAUACACUUGUGGCGAACCUUACGAGUUGCGUUAAGCAAGCGUGGAUGAUAGAUUAUGUCACCUAUUCCCCUUCGGCGUCGACGACAACUUCAACGACGAAUGCAACUUCGACGUCUUCAAGUCACCCUGCGACUGCUGCUAAGAAAGCUACACCCAUUGGUGCUAUUGCCGGUGGUGUGGUUGGGGGUGUAGUGCUUUUACUUGUGAUUGUCGGCUUCUCCUGGUUUCGAAGUCGAAAAUCCAAGAAGCAGGACCAAAACACGGAUUCUACGAUUGAUACGCAGCAGGCUGUCCUGACGUUGGACACUCCCAGUACACCCACCACUUCGAGGUUCACUGGUAGCAGCAUUAUAUCACCAUUCUUGAAUGCCCUAGCAGCUCGAUCGGAGUCUCGGCGAGAAGCUGAAAUUAACCGGAAACGCCAAACAUCAAGUACUAUACCGCAGGAUCCGUCAGUCCAUAAACCGGGAUAUAGGCCUCCAGGAGUCACUGGGGAGAGUCCUACAGAUACCACUGCUGGCGAAGUUGGGGGUGUGGAAAUUGGAGGUGUUCCUCCACCUGCGUACGAGGGUUAA